AACCUUCUCUCUCAUCUCUCCUCCGAUCCAACACUGUGUAGUCUUGGCCAAGAAGCGACUCCUCCUACCUCACAGUAGCAAGGAGUGCGAAGUACAGCACCGCCCGCAGAGACUACCUAUCAAGGUAGCGCUUUCGCCGACAGUUCUGAAGGAGAUCUUGAACGAAAAGAUCUGCGUCAACCACGCACAAAAACAACUGACAACGCCUGCAACUAACAGCAAACAAUCGACUGACUUCAGCACCAUGGCACCAUACAAGAGCGUCAAGUACCGAUCGUGGUACUCCGAGAUGCACAAGAGUGAGUAUGUCAACGCGGAACUCGACCCGACCGACACAGUCAUAAACACCGACAAACUGAACACUGUCGUCCUCGAUUGGGUCGUCCAAGUUGAAGACGAUGGACAGUUCGACCUCUUCAUCCUCCAGGAGUUCCAAAAGUCCUUCGAGGAUUGGACUCAAGAUAUCAUAAGUGCGGUCGACGUGCGGCUCCGGAAAGCAGUCAAGGAAUUGCUCCGACACCGAGGGAUUUACAUCCAGAUCAACAGUCGUGACACAGUAAUAACGCAACUGUACAACCUCCUCCAUCUCUCGUCGUGCCCGAUAUGGCCUGACGACGAGCUUGAGCUUAUGCGACUCGUCGACGGUUUCAAGUGUCGACAGCUCACAAACAGCAACUACAGUUACCCUAACCCUCCGCAGCCACCAACAGGAUACCCACAAGCACAGUACUCACCGUCGCCAGCUCAACUCAACGUGACAGCACUCACAAACCUCGCGAAGCUGUACAAUAACAACGAUAAGUCCAGUGGUGACAAGUAUGACGUGCUCAGUCACAAACUGGUCAUCUUUCGAGAGCUUUGCGCCAAAGUCGGCAUUCAACCUGGCCAAACUGACCGCUACAAGCUAGCCAUCUCUACUAUGCUUACUGGCAAAGCGUCAACUUACUACUACCAAUCUAUCGCUCCACUUGACCUUGGAUACGAAGACAUCAUCGCGAAACUGGGCGCCUACUUCCACACUACCGAGAACUACCAGUUGUUCUUGAACGAAUGGCGCACCAUUAUGCUAAAGGACGUCAUCGCAAGUAAUCCUGACAAGACAAUUGCGCAAUGCCUUGACUUGCUCAUCGACAAGCUCCACAAGCUGUACCAAGCGAUGGCUCAGCAGAAUGGACUCAGCGAGUCAAGCCUCACCGGACAACUUGUGUCAGCAUGCCAGGGUGUCGAAGCCUGCAGCGCAGUCCUGAUCCGACCUGCGUCGACCUUUGAAGCAGUCGCUUCAGAGCUCCGCAACGCCGUCGGUAACUGGCAACGCUGUCACCCGCAUGCUCGAACGCAGUUCAACUAUGACAAUGAACAGACAGACGAUGACAUCUUCUACACAAACCGACGAUACAACCGAAACGACGAACCUCGCGACAGACCCCGAGGCUAUGGCACCGGUCGCUUCAACCGCGGACCGACGCUGUCACGACCGCGAUACCCUCCCCGCCGCUCGCACGAUAAAAAGUGCUAUGUGUGCGGCAAACAAGGAUGCUGGUCAACGCGACAUUCACACGAGGAGCGCAAUGAGUCGCACCAACGCUUCAAGACUUAUGUCCAAAACCACGAUCUCGAUGACGACUACGACGUGUUCCUCGCCGGAUUCGAAGGCAUCGAGCUUCAUGACGAGGCAGAGGACGACGACGGCAACCGCGUUGAUGACCUCGAUGCGUACUUCCAACAUGAACAAUUCAACACCGCUGCUUGCGGAACCAUCGACGGGCAAGCGCUCACCAUCAACCUCAACGACGCCGCGGCGACCCACGCGAUCACUGGGAUCGACCCAUACGCGUCGGAGACUGCAAAGGAGGCACCCCACAUGUUCACCUUCGAUCACCGAUAUGGUGCUCACUGUUUCCAAGGCAUCAUGCCCGACACCGGCGCGGCCGGAGUCUCCACUGCAGGAAAGACCCAGGUCAUGGCACUGCAACGCCUCCAGCCAUCGGCCACGAUCAAUGAGUCCACGGCAGGUCGCCACCGAAUUCGAUUUGGAGAUAACCCAGAGUGUCUCUCACUUGGCGAGGUGAAGGUCAAAACCCCGCUCGGCGUUAUACUUUUUGCGGUAAUGCCGACCAACACGCCUUUCUUGCUGUGCCUUGCAGACAUGGACCGCCACGGGAUCUACCUCAACAAUGUUGACAACGUGCUUGUACACGAGUCACGGGAGUACCCCAUUGUGCGCAAAUGGGGACACCCAUGGCUCCUGCUCGACGACCAAGAGACCGCGACGCACUACCUCACCGAGGUAGAGCUUGCGCAACUCCAUCGGCGCUUUGGUCAUCCAGCUGCGGGACGACUCUACAAGGUCCUCGCGAGAGCAGGUUAUGACGAAGUCGAUGCGGCGACCAUCGAAAAGAUCAACAAGUUCUGUCACCAAUGUCAGAUUACUGGCAAGGCGCCAGGACGAUUUCGGUUUACCCUCCGCGACGAUAUCAACUUCAACUAUCGACUUAUCGUCGACGUGAUGUACAUUAAUCAGAGGCCAGUACUUCAUGCUAUUGACGAAGCAACUGCCUUCCAAGCAGCGCGCUUUCUCACCGACAUGAAAGCAAGCACAACAUGGGACACACUCCGCGCCAUGUGGAUCGAUAUGUACGUUGGUCCGCCUGAUGUCAUAGCCACCGACGCUGGCAAGAACUUUGCGAGCGAGGAGUUUGUCAACAAUGCAAAGACAAUGGCCAUCGAGGUUGACGAGGUGCCUGUCGAGGCGCAUAACUCCAUCGGCAAGGUGGAGCGGUACCAUGCGGCCAUCCGCCGUGCCUUCGAAGUCAUCUCCGCCGACAUAGACAGCGACACGUCAUCUGAACACCUCCUCCAGAUGGCUGUGAAAGCCGUCAACGACACUGCUGGUCCAGAUGGCCUUGUGCCUACUCUCCUCGUCUUUGGCACCUACCCCCGCCUAUCCAAGACAUCGCCGCCAUCACCAUCCAUCAGCGCGCGCGCGAAAGCGAUAAAGAACGCGAUGGCGGAGGUCCGCAAGAUCAAAGCAAAACGCCAGGUGAACGACGCACUUGCGACACGCAACGGACCGAACGUCAUUGAAACGCUUCAGCUCCCGAUCCAGAGCAGCGUAAAGGUUUGGCGCGAGAACCGCGGUUGGACUGGUCCCCAUACCCUCAUCGCCAUGAACGACGACCUAACCGCCGCGAUUGUCGACGUCGACGGCAGGCAGGCGACAUUUCGAGUCACAUCGGUGCAGCCAUACCACCGCAACAACUCCACCGUUAUCCCGCGCGACGACGACGACAACGACAAUUGCGGGGAUGCGGACGAUGACGAGUUUAUCCCAGAGACAGAAGUUCCACCUCCACGAAAGCGCGGUCGCCCCAAAGGCUCCAAAAACAAGCCAAAACCAGCUCCCAUCGAGACCAACGACGUCAACCUCACGCAACGCGAGGAGGACGACUUAGUGCUGUCCAGGAAGCUGCGUGCCACUGGCAAGAUCACAACCCUAGGCGAACCAUUCGAACUAUCCACCAAGGCAGAGAUUGACGCGCUGAUCACUCGCGGAGUGUUCCGCUUCGAGGAGUAUGACCCUCAACGCCAUGGUGGCAUCCGCGUCUUUAAGUCACGGAUUGUCAACGAGGUCAAAGGCAAAACUACCACUAAGCCGUACGAGAAAUCGCGCCUCGUUGUUCAGGGUUAUGCCGAUGAUGGAAAACGGAUUGUGCUCACACAAAGCCCGACGAUCCAGCGCGCCAGUCAGCGCAUUAUUAUCGCGCUUGCACCCUCACUGCUUCAAAUGGGCAUGACGCUAUGGCUUCGAGAUAUCACGCAGGCGUACACGCAAGCCGAUGACCAUCUCCAGCGCACGAUCAUCGCGGAUCUUCCCACGCAACUCCGCGAUGCCUAUCCCAAAGGCACCAUCAUGGUGGUCGUGAAGCCGCUGUACGGCAUCGCCGAGGCAGGAGCGUACUGGUGGUCAACCUACUUCAAACACCAUACCACGACACUCGGGAUGGAAACAUCAACCUAUGACCCGUGCCUCUUAAUCACCAAGCCAACGGCGUUAGGCUUUGGUAUUGUCGGCAUGCAAACUGAUGACACGCUCGGUCUGUCCGAUGACGUGUUUGCCAAUAAGGAGAGCAAGGAGCUGCGCUUCAGCGCCAAAGAGAAGCAGUUUCUUACUACUAACAACCCUAUCGACUUUAACGGGUGCGUCGUUAGUCUCACAACAGACGGCGUGAUCACACUACGCCAAAAGAAACAAGUCGACGCGUCCUUUGCCAACAACAAGGAUAUGAGCUCCCAGAUGGGAUUCGUCAUCGUACUCGGCAAUGAAGUUACCUCAAGCGACACAAACUUCGGGAUACGUGGCAACAUCGUCCACUGUUCCUCAGUCAAAUGCAAGCGGAUCACCAGGAGCGUCCUCGCCUCCGAGAUCUACGCGAUGGCGCACGGCGUAGAUAUCGCAGUCGCGAUCGGCGGCACCAUUGAUAUGGUCAUGGAACGACUCAACUUACCUAAGGUCCCCAUCGGGGUAUGCACCGACUCGCGAUCGCUAUACGAUUGCUUUGUCACGCUCGGCACCACUACGGAGAAACGCCUUAUGAUUGACAUCAUGGCAAUGCGCGAAGCCUACGAGCGCAGCGAACUCAUGGAUAUCAGAUGGAUCGACGGUCGCGACAACCCAGCAGACUCUAUGACAAAGGCAGGUUGCAACGCCGCGAUAGAGAACCUCAUCAACUCUAACGAGCUCAACCUCCGAGUGCAAGGGUGGGUCAACCGUUGA